UCAAAGAAAAGGACUUAAGUGAUAAUUUGCCCCUCAUACAAAAAGCAGAUAGCAUGCUUGAUGUGGCAUAUUCUACUGUUCUCAAUCGCAAUUUCUGAUCGCUAAUCAAUUCACAAAUGGCAACUGAGACUGCAAAUCCAAAUGCUGCUGAGCUAUUAGAAUGGCCUAAGAAAGAUAACCGCAGAUUUCUUCAUGCUGUUUAUCGUGUUGGUGAUCUUGAUCGCACCAUUAAGUUUUAUACUGAAUGCUUUGGGAUGAAAUUACUGAGGAAAAGAGAUAUUCCAGAGGAGAAAUACGCCAAUGCUUUUCUUGGAUUUGGCCCUGAAGAGUCUAACUUCGUUGUGGAGCUCACUUACAAUUAUGGAGUGACUUCAUAUGAUAUUGGAACUGGUUUUGGCCAUUUUGCAAUUUCAACUCAGGAUGUUUACAAAUUGGUCGACGAAGUUCGUGCCAAGGGUGGGGCUGUCACAAGGGAACCUGGUCCAGUCAAAGGUGGAAGCAGUGUCAUUGCUUUUGUGAAAGAUCCUGAUGGUUAUCUUUUUGAAAUCAUUCAAAGAGGACCAACUCCUGAGCCCCUGUGCCAAGUAAUGCUUCGUGUUGGUGACUUGGAUCGUUCCAUCAAGUUCUAUGAAAAGGCCUUGGGGAUGAGGCUAUUGAGGAAGAUUGAUAGGCCUGAACACAAGUACACCUUGGCGAUGAUGGGCUAUGCAGAAGAAUAUGAGACAACCGUCCUCGAGUUGACUUACAAUUAUGGUGUCACGGAAUAUACAAAGGGAAAUGCCUAUGCGCAGGUUGCUAUUAGCACUGAUGAUGUCUACAAAAGUGGCGAGGCUCUAAACCUGGUCACGCAAGAGCUUGGUGGAAAAGUAACUCGACAACCUGGACCUAUUCCUGGAAUCAACACCAAAAUUACUGCUUUCCUUGACCCGGAUGGAUGGAAAACCGUCCUCGUCGACAAUGAAGACUUUCUUAAGGAGCUUCAAAAGCAAGACUGAUGGCCAACUUAAACUGGGUUCUGGCUGGACUAGCCACCAGUUUGGUCUACUAUAAUAUGAAUAAGUUAAAGCAGCAAGGUGCCAUGUUGUUAAGGUUGUUAAAAUAGGUUCCAUGUAUUGUUCAAAAUAAUAAUGUGUUCUUAAAAAAAAAAUAGAAAUAUGAAAGCUUUCAAGUACUAAA